ACUGCAGUGAAACAAUAAGUGUUUAAGCAGGGAAUGACGGAUGUAUCAUGGGGGAAGUCAUGUACCAGUGGCUGGAUCCUUUUAAUGUUUUAGAACAACAGCGCACGCCAGAGUUUUGGUGUUAUGACAGCCUCAAGGUAAAUGGACAGGACUUGUCCAAGGCAUCGCACGAAGAAGCUGUGGAGGCAUUUCAUGGUGCCCAGGAGCCGAUCAUAGUGGAGGUUCUAAGGAGAGUGAACAAAAACAGUAACAACAUCAGUAACAGUAGCAGUAACAGCAGCCAGAUGAGGAAUAGGUCGCCCACGCUCGUGUCUGUUGGCACGCAGACAGAUGUUGAUGGGUCUGAUACCAGCAGUUACUAUGGUUCAUGUAGGCCGCCUACACCACCACCAAAUCUCUUGGACUUUCAGCGAUAUGGGUUGUACCAGCCCUCUUCUCGCCAACCAGUGGCCUUCUCUCCCAGCGCCGACCUUGGCCUCACGGACAUUGAGAUGGCCCACGGGAUGGACUUCUUUGAUCAGUACGAUGACGAUCCUGGUUACGAACUAGAAUAUGAGGUGAGGAAAAGUAAAGGAUAG